AUGGCGAGCUUCUUCGACCUCAAGGCCAGGAAGGCGGCCGCUGCAAACGGGGCAGCCCAGAAGCAGGAGAAGUCUUCCCAGCCUCCGAGAGCGCAGCCUUGGGUUGAGAAAUACCGUCCAAAGACCCUCAGCGAUGUCACCGCUCAAGAUCACACCGUUACAGUCCUGCAGCGGACGCUACAGGCUUCCAACCUUCCACACAUGCUCUUCUACGGACCUCCCGGUACCGGAAAAACAUCAACAGUCUUGGCCCUCGCCAAGGAGCUCUACGGCCCCGAAAUGAUGAAGUCACGAGUCCUGGAGCUCAACGCCUCCGACGAGCGAGGAAUCUCCAUCGUCCGUGAGAAGGUCAAGGACUUCGCCCGCAUGCAGUUAACGAACCCGACGGCCGAAUACAAGAAGAGAUACCCCGUUCCACCCUUCAAGAUCAUCAUCCUCGACGAGGCCGACUCCAUGACCCAGGACGCCCAGAGUGCUCUUCGCCGCACCAUGGAGACAUACAGCAAGAUCACACGCUUCUGCCUGAUUUGCAACUAUGUUACCCGCAUUAUCGACCCGCUCGCCAGUCGUUGCAGCAAAUUCCGCUUCAAGAGCCUGGAUCAGGGCAAUGCCAAGAGGAGGCUUGAGGACAUCGCACAGAAUGAGGGUGUUCAGCUCGAAGACGGUGCUGUUGACGCGCUCAUCAAGUGCAGCGAGGGUGACUUACGAAAAGCCAUCACCUUCUUGCAGAGUGCGGCGAGACUGGUUGGUGCUGGUAACGAGGAGAAGUCGGCAGAUGAUGCCAUGGACGUUGACAAGAAGCCUGUUGCUGUCAAGACUGUGGAGGAUAUUGCCGGUGUCAUUCCCGAGAACACGAUUGACAAGCUAGUCAGCGCCAUCCGCCCACAGCGCGCAGGCGACACAUACCAAAACGUGGCCAAGGUUGUCGAAGACAUGGUUGCAGACGGCUGGAGUGCUGGACAGGUCGUUUCUCAGCUCUACCAAGCCAUUGUUUUUGACGAGACAAUUCCCGACGUUCAAAAGAAUAAGAUUGUCCUCAUCUUCUCUGAGGUAGACAAAAGAUUGGUGGAUGGUGCUGAUGAGCACCUGUCAAUUCUUGACCUUUCGUUGAGAAUAUCGGGCGUCAUGAGCGGCCGCAACAAUUAA